CUGCCAGAGGAGAGGAAUCAAAGUAAUGCUCUCAUUGGGAGGUGGCAUCGGGAGCUACUCGUUGGCAUCUCGAGCAGAUGCCAAGGGCGUGGCGGAGUACCUCUAGAACAACUACCUGGGAGGGAAGUCGUCGUCUCGUCCAUUGGGAUCGAAUUCGACAUCGAGGCCUCUACCCUGUACUGGGAGGAUCUGGCGCGGUACUUGUCUGCGUAUGGCAAGAGGGGUCGACGGAAGGUGUACCUGACUGCAACUCCUCAAUGUCAUUUUCCGGAUAGGAACUUGGGGAAUGCUCUUAAUACAGGGUUAUUCGACUACUUGUGGAUCCAGUUAUAUAACAACCCUCCGUUCCAGUACUCUGCAGGUUCCGGUGACAUUAACAGCCUGGUGAGUUCCUGGAAUCGAUGGACGACUUCGAUUAAAGCUGGCAAGAUAUUCCUGGGUUUGCCAGCGGCUCCUCAGGCAGCCGGGAGUGGGUGUGUUCCAUCAGAUGUGUUGACAUUUCAGAUUCUUCCACUGAUCAAGAAGUCACCCAAGUAUGGAGGGGUUAUGGUUUGGUCUAGGUACUGGGAUCUUCAAAAUGGGUAUAUACUUCAUCCAUUCAGAAAAGUCUAUGAGAAAUGA